AUGUUCGCGUUAGUUCCUGUGCCAAAAAUGAACGUAGCUGUCAGUUACAGUGAAAUUUUCAAAAGUUUAAAAUUAGCUGUCAAAAAUGGCGAUGUUGUUACAGUAGAAAGACUAAUUAUUUCUGUUGCUGAUGAGUCGCCAGUACCUGCGAUAAUUAACGGGUACGCAUUGCUCUGCGAUGCAAUAAAUAAUAAUCAGCAGGAAGUAACAAAAGUGCUUCUAAAAUAUAUCGUAGGUGAAAAAAGUGGAGUCAACACAAAAACUCCACUCUACACCGCAUUACACUACGCGAUAUUGAACGAUGACUUCGACAUCACAAAAAUGCUCAUCGAUGAAGAAGCCGACAUCGACAAACCAGCAGAUCUCGUAAUUAACAGGAGUUAUUUCGAAAGAAACGAUAGAAAUGCUACAGUAUUCUAUUACUUAUCUGACAAGUGCUCAGAAGUGUCUGAAAAUGGACAAGAACUAGUUCUUAGACAGUGCACGCCUCUACAUGUCGCUGUCAGAAACAAAAAUUUUGACACAAUUGAACUGCUUUUAUGGAGAGGCGCUGAUUCAAACUCCAAGAACUGCUUGGGUAAGCAACCAAUUGACAUUGCUAUCGAUAAUAAUGAUGUUGACAUGGUAAAACUUUUAAUGGGAUAUGCUGCCCAAGACAAUUUGACCAAUUUUAAAAAAUUCUCUGACGGCAGAAAAAAAUCGUUAGCUAAGGAGAUAAAAGAAACUCUGUUGCAGCAAGCGGUUUGUGACCAAAACAACGAGCUGGCGAUAAAAUUAAUUGAUAAUGGGAUCGAUGUUGACAGAGAAGAAAAGAAAUUCAAUCGGACUUUGCUGAUCAAUGCGAUAAUAACAGGAAAUUUGGGUGUGGUAAAGCAUUUGUUGGCUAAGGGGGUCGACGUGAAUAAAUGGGACAACCAGGGACAUACUGCAUUUCAUUUUUUGUUCAUGAAUUCAUUUUACGACUCUGGUAAUUAUGAAGAGCAAAAAGAUAUUACGUUGAAAGUUGCAGAUUUGCUGAUACACCAUGGAGCAAAUGUCAAUGCAGUAAAUUAUCAAGGGCUGACGCCUUUAUCUAUGCUGUCUUAUGAUGACAUUGACAAAAUCGAAUAUCUUUUAAGCCAUAAUGCCGAUUUGAAUAUUGUGACAGAUUCCGGAUUGACAAUAUUUACAGAGACAUUGAAUGACUUGCAGGAUGUUCUUGGGUAUUCGGAGCACGACGAUUUCUACGGUGAUGAAAAAAUAAAAAUUGCCAAAGUGGCUGAGGUUUUUGUCAAACAUAUCGUUAGAAUGCUGUGUAAAAAUCAGUUUAGGACGAUAUUGAUCGGCUGUCCAGUUACGUAUGUAGUAGGAAGUUCAUUGACUUUAUCACAAAAUCGGAUAAGUUUAGAGAACAUUUUCCCAUUUAUGGAAAUGAUUUAA